CUCUCCCUCUCCCUCUCCCCCCCGUCCCAAAGGACCCCGACAGACGGUCCCCCGGAAGCUCUGAAGGUGUUGAAGACAACCUGGGGCUUGAUGCCUCGCUUCCAGUCCGCUAAUGAAUAUGCCUCUAUCGCUGACGAGGGCAUUCCGUGAAAGCGACUGGCGAGGAUGCUGGGAAGGUCUGUCCAGACUGUGAGAGCAAGGUCUCACAAGACCCAAGGCCGUCCGUAUUCGUAGAAUCACGGCCUGAACGGUGUCGGAAGCAGGGGCGCCUGCCUGUGAUUACCUGCCGUUCAUUGUUUUUUUUUUUUUUUCCCUUUCUACCGGCCUCAUCCGUUCCAGAACCCCAAUGACGGCAUAUCUUGUCGGCGAGUUGCCUUCCAAAAGGCUGCGGCUAGUGUCCGACCUCUUGAGCCGAGACGGGUCCGACUAUGUGGGGGAAUGCGCUAUGAAGUCAUAUUCAUCGGAUCAUCAGGCGAGCGAAAUCCCCUCGCAUCGUGGGUUCUCUUGCGCGCUGCGUCGUGCGUACCAUUUGGUUUAGCAGGUAGCGUGGGCCUCUGCCGCUGCAAGCCGCUGCAAGCCGCCAUCCCCUCCACCUCUCAAGCCUUGGCAACCGGCGGCCUGAGUAUGGUAAUGACCGCGGACCUGUCAGGGAGUCCAGCCACUUAUCCGUACAUUGGGAAGAUUGGCAGAGGCGGGGCGGGGUGGCUGCUUGCGAUUUGCGAACAGACGGGUUGCAAGCUUUGGGUGAUCGAUCGUGGGCAUAGCAUGUGUGGCUGGAGAUGGCCAAUCUGGGGGUGUGGCACGUCUUUUGUUUUGUUUUGUCUUAGUGCACACGGCAUCGAUGGGCGGCAAGUGAGUUCCGGUACCCCGUCUGCCUCGCUCGAGGUAGAGGUAUCGGUAUGCGAGAGCACCUCCCGUGCAAUCCCGAUAUGGAGGAGAAAGGCAUGGGCGGCUUGGUAAUGGAUAUGGACUGCCAACGCUCUGCUGCCAGAGCUUUCGUGGCGCCGAGGGGUGUGGCGAUCGGUCGUGUGGCAAAAUAAGCACUGUUACCAAGACUGUGCUCUCUUCUCUGCAUGGCCUCUCGGAGGAGCCGCGUGUGAUUAGCACUCAGGAUUCACGAGUGCCAUUGGCCGUUUCUUGUGUGAGAGAGUGCGUCGAUGUGUUACGCUGCAUGUCCCGGGAGGGUUGCAGUCGCAGCCGUUCCGUAUGCGAAUAGAGUAAAAGGAGCGGCCGCCGAUCAAUGUGACGAGG